GACCGGCCGGGGACCCGCUUGUUCCGAGCGCGCACACUUCCCGGCCGGACGGAGGACGCCGCCAGCUCCUGGCCGCCCCUGUACUCGCCUGCGGCGGCAGCUCGGCCCACUGUCCCCGGCCCGGCACCGCGUCGCGGCCGCGUCCGAGGGCAGAACUCCGGCCCCCAGGAGCCUCCCGGCCGUCGGCGGACCCAGCGGCCCCGCCGCCGGCACGCUCGGCGCCCUGCUCGCGGGGCACAGGGGAGGGCGGCGGCCGGCUGGUGAUGGGCGGCCCGGCGGCGCGGAGGGGCGCCGGGGGGCUCCGCGCGCUGCUCCUGGCGCUGGUGGCCGCGGGGAGUCCCGCAGGCGCCUACAAUCUGGACCCGCAGCGCCCCGUGCGCUUCCAGGGUCCCGCCGGGUCCUUUUUCGGCUACGCGGUGCUGGAGCAUUUCCACGACAACACGCGCUGGGUCCUUGUGGGUGCACCAAAGGCGGAUUCCAAGUACAGCACUUCAGUGAAGUCCCCUGGGGCUGUGUUUAAGUGCCGCGUCCACACCAACCCUGACCGGAGAUGCACCGAACUGGACAUGGCUCGAGGGAAGAAUCGGGGCAUGCCCUGUGGAAAGACCUGCCGGGAAGACAGAGAUGAUGAGUGGAUGGGGGUGAGCCUGGCCCGGCAGCCCAAGGCUGAUGGCCGCGUGCUGGCCUGUGCCCACCGCUGGAAGAACAUCUACUACGAAACAGACCACAUCCUGCCCCACGGCUUCUGUUACAUCAUUCCAUCCAACCUCCAGGCCCAAGGCAGGACGCUGAUCCCUUGCUAUGAAGAGUAUAAGAAGAAGUAUGGAGAGGAACACGGCUCCUGCCAGGCUGGGAUAGCGGGCUUCUUCACUGAGGAGCUGGUUGUGAUGGGUGCCCCAGGGUCAUUUUAUUGGGCUGGGACGGUCAAAGUGCUGAACCUCACAGACAACACCUAUUUCAAACUAAAUGAUGAAGUGAUCAUGAACAGGAGGUACACGUACCUGGGUUAUGCAGUUACUGCCGGACAUUUUUCUCACGUGUCCACCACCGAUGUGGUAGGAGGUGCCCCUCAGGACGAAGGCAUUGGGAAGGUUUAUAUUUUUAGAGCUGACCGAAGAUCAGGCACCUUAAUUAAGAUUUUUCAGGCAUCAGGUAAAAAGAUGGGCUCUUACUUCGGCUCCUCCUUAUGUGCAGUUGACCUGAACAUGGACGGCCUCUCUGACCUGCUCGUGGGGGCCCCCAUGUUUUCUGAGAUCAGGGACGAAGGGCAGGUCACUGUCUACAUCAACAGAGGAAACGGAGCCCUGGAGGAGCAGCUGGCCCUGAAUGGGGAUGGCGCCUACAAUGCACACUUUGGGGAGAGCAUCGCCAACCUGGGCGACCUCGAUGAUGACGGGUUCCCAGAUGUGGCCAUUGGCGCACCCAAGGAGGAUGACUUUUCAGGAGCGGUGUACAUCUAUCACGGUGAUGCCGGUGGGAUGGUCCCUCAGUACUCCAUGAAACUUUCUGGGCGGAAGAUAAGUCCGGUCCUGCGGAUGUUUGGUCAGUCCAUAUCAGGAGGCAUUGAUAUGGAUGGAAAUGGCUAUCCCGAUGUAACUAUUGGAGCUUUCAUGUCGGACAGUGUGGUUCUCCUAAGGGCGAGACCCGUCAUCACAGUGGAUGUCUCCAUCUUCCUCCCCACCUCCAUCAACAUCACGGCGCCCCAGUGUCACGAUGGCCAGCAGCCUGUGAACUGCCUGAAUGUCACCGCCUGCUUUAGCUUCCACGGCAAGCACGUUCCGGGAGAAAUAGGCCUGAAUUACGUUCUGACGGCUGAUGUGGCCAAAAAAGAAAAGAGCCAGUUGCCCAGGGUCUACUUUGUGUUGCUGGGAGAGUCCGUGGGUCAGGUCUCAGAGAAGCUGCAGCUGGUCCAUUUGGAGGCGACGUGUCAUCAUUACGUGGCCCAUGUGAAGCGGAGAGUGCAGGACGUCAUCAGCCCCAUCGUGUUCGAGGCCGCCUACAGCCUGGGCGAGCAUGUGAUGGGAGAGGAGGAAAGGGAGCUGCCGGCCCUGACCCCCGUGCUCCGCUGGAAAAAGGGACAAAAGAUUGCCCAGAAGAAUCAGACCGUGUUUGAAAGGAAUUGCCGAUCUGAGGACUGUGCCGCCGACCUGCAGCUUCAGGGUCACCUGUUACUCUCCAGUGUUGAUGACAGAACCCCAUAUCUAGCUCUGGGGGCUGUGAAGAAUAUCUCCCUAAACAUCUCCAUCUCCAACCUCGGGGACGAUGCCUAUGAUGCCAACGUGUCCUUCAACGUUUCCCGGGAGCUCUUCUUCAUCAACAUGUGGCAGAAGGAGGAAAUGGGCAUUUCCUGUGAACUGCUGGAAUCGGACUUCCUCAAAUGCAGUGUGGGAUUCCCUUUCAUGAGGUCGAAGUCGAAGUAUGAAUUCAGCAUGAUCUUUGAUACAAGCCACCUGUCUGGGGAAGAGGAAGUUCUUAGCUUCAUCAUUACUGCUCAGAGCGGCAACAUGGAGCGCUCUGAGUCCCUGCACGACAACACCCUCACGCUGACGGUGCCGCUGAUGCACGAGGUGGACACAUCCAUCACUGGAAUCAUGUCUCCAACCUCCUUUGUGUACGGCGAGUCUGUGGACGCAUCCAACUUCAUUCAGCUGGAAGACCUGGAGUGUCAUUUCCAGCCUCUCAACGUCACCCUUCAGGUCUAUAACACUGGGCCAAGCACCCUUCCUGGGUCAUCUGUCAGCAUCUCUUUCCCCAGUCGCCUGUCACCUGGAGGAGCUGAGAUGUUUCAUGUGCAGGAGAUGGUGGUGGGCCAGGAGAAGGGAAACUGUUCUUUCCAGAAAAACCCAACCCCCUGUAUCAUCCCUCAAGAAACAGAAAAUAUCUUCCAUACAAUAUUUGCUUUUUUCACAAAGUCGGGAAGAAAAGUCUUGGACUGCGAAAAGCCAGGAAUUUCUUGCCUAACAAUGCACUGUAAUCUUAGUGCGCUGGCUAAAGAAGAAAGUCGUACUAUAGACAUUUACAUGCUGCUGAACACAGAAAUACUGAAGAAGGACAGUUCAUCUGUCAUCCAGUUCAUGACCCGCGCCAAGGUGAAGGUGGACCCUGCCCUGAGGGUGGUGGAGGUAGCCAGUGGGAACUCAGAGGAGAUGACGGUGGUCUUCGAGGCGUUGCACAAUCUGGAGCCCCGAGGCUACGUCGUGGGGUGGAUCAUUGCCAUCAGCUUGCUGGUGGGAAUCCUCAUCUUCCUGCUGCUGGCUGUGCUGCUCUGGAAGAUGGGCUUCUUUCGCAGAAGGUACAAAGAAAUUAUUGAAGCUGAGAAGAACCGUAAAGAGAAUGAAGACAGUUGGGACUGGGUCCAGAAAAACCAGUGACCUGCCACCCCAACCCACCCCGGUCAUGUGGCCCAGUGGUUCGCCUGUCUUCCUGAUCUUUGUAUCUUCCAUAUUUGGAAGAAAGAAUCUUCUCCAGAUUUUUCGGAGGCCCCACGAUGCUGUUCUCGUCCUCGUUCUCUCAAGCCCAGGUGCCAACCUGAGGCAGUCACUUCGGCCAGGUCACCUGACUGGAACCACCACCACUUCCUUUUCCAGCUGAACUCGGAACUUUGGAAAGCCGGCUGCAGAGCCAGGCGAUAUUUAUGGAUGCAACAUGCGUGGUCAACCCUCAGGGGAAAACUUACCUAAAAGUAUUUUUAUAAAUAUAAGCCUUUUAUACUGAUUAUGUCUUUAUAUUUGUAUCGAUGUUUUAUUAUUUCUAUUAAAUGGUUAUAUAGUUCACUCAA